AUGGCAGACAGACCAGAGAGAAGAACAGCACUUGUCGCUAGAGAGCUCGCACGCUACAACAUUGACGUUGCAGCCCUUAGUGAAACUCGCCUUGCUAAUGAAGGACAGCUGUCCGAGUCAGGCGGUGGCUAUACAUUCUUCUGGAGUGGCUGCAGCAGUGAUGAGCGUUGCGAAUCUGGAGUUGGCUUCGCCAUCACGAAUCAUCUUGCCAGUUCCCCCAAGGGUAUGAAUGACCGGCUCAUGACAAUGCAGCUUCCGCUUCAAAAAGGAAAACAAGCUAUUUUGAUCAGGGCAUAUGCUCCUACAAUGACCAACCCAGAGGAUGUGAAGGAUAAAUUCUACAAAGAACUAGAUACUCUGCUAUCGUCAGUGCACCGCACAGACAAGCUGAUUCUGCUUGGUGAUUUUAAUGCAAGAGUCAGAUGCGAUGCCGCAGCCUGGGAAGGAGUCAUCGGGAAAAAUGGAGUGGGAAAGUGUAACAGCAAUGGCCUGUUACUGCUGAAAACCUGUGCAGCACAUGACCUUCUGAUUAGCAAUACGGUCUUCCGCCAUCCUACCCGUAACAGGACUUCGUGGAUGAAUCCCCGUUCCAAGCACUGGCAUUUGAUCGAUUAUGUCAUCAUCAGGAGAAGGGAUAGACAAGAUAUCAGGGUUACAAAAGCUAUGUGUGGCGCUGACUGUUGGACGGAUCAUAGGCUCAUAGUAUCCAAAAUGAAGCUCCGUAUCAUGCCAAAGAGACGACCACAAGGCUGUAAGGCUCUCAAAAGGAUCAAUGUGUCGAAGCUGAAGAUCAGCCGCAUCACUGAAAAUCUAGCGGAAGACCUAGAGAAUGAGCUUGCUGAUCUUCGUAUUGAGGAUGACGCUGAGAAAGACUGGGAGCGAUUCCGCAACACUGUCCGUACAGCUGCAUUGAAGGUAUUGGGGCCCUCCACAUGCAGGCGGCAAGACUGGUUUGACGAAAAUGAUGCAGAAAUCCAGGUCUUACUUGCUGAGAAGCACUGCCUGCAUCAUGCAUAUCAAAACGAUCCAUCCUCAACGGCAAAGAAGACCGCCUUUAUCAACGCUCACAGAACAGUACAGAACCGACUGCGCAAAAUGCAGGACUUGUGGCUGAGCGCCAAAGCAGAUGAAAUACAGGCAUACGCGGACAGGAACGACUAUAAGCCCUCAAUACACUCUAUGGGAACCAUUCCACAAGAAUAUAGAGAUGCAUCCAUCUUGCAUCUCUAUAAGAGGAAGGGCAAUCGCCAGGUAUGUGACAAUCACCGUGGAAUCUCACUGCUUUCUACAGCGGGGAAAGUUCUUGCACGGGUUCUGUUGAAACGAUUGAUCACUCACCUGGAGAAGGGCUUACUGCCAGAAUUACAGUGUGGCUUCCGCAAGGGACAUGGGACUAUUGACAUGAUCUUCGCUGUGUGUCAGCUACAGGAGAAAUGUCAAGAGCAGAAUCAUGAACUUUACACAACUUUUGUGGACCUCACGAAAGCAUUUGACUCUGUCAGUUGUCAGGGCCUGUGGAGGAUCAUGUCGAAAUUUGGAUGUCCAGACAGAUUUAUACGAAUGGUACGUCAGUUUCAUUACGGUAUGAUGGCUCAUAUUCUGAAUGACUGUGAAACAUCUGAGGCCUUCCCAGUCACUAACGGCAUCAAGCAAGAGUGUGCUUUAGCACCCACUUUGUUCAGCAUGAUAUUCUCUGCCACUUUGACUGAUGCCUUUCAACACUGCACAGAAGGAGUAGGCUUGAAGUAUAGAACUGACGGGAAACUAUUCAAUCUGAGGCGACUGCAUGCCAUCACCAACGUGAAGGAAACUGUACUUCGAGACUUUCUUUUUGCCGAUUAUUGUGCUCUCAAUGCUAGUACAGAGCCAGAAAUCAAGCUGGAAGCCUUGGGCCAAGAAGGUCUCCAUAUGCUCACAGUUGUUGCUUUGGAUGUUGCUGCUAUAUCUGCUGCAUGA